AUGAUUGGUGCAUUGCAUCCAGUCGUACAACAGUGGGCACCAUGUUUGCUGAUGUUAUUAUUCAGAGUCUUACUUUCCUUGAGGGGGAAUGCAUAAUACGCUGUUUGUUAAGUUGGUAUAAUAGAUUGUGUCUCUUGUUUGCUUGGCGAGACUUAUUUUAUCUGUUCAGAGUGUUAGGUGAUAAGGACAACGCAUUGCAUAACUUUGAAACUAUAAAGUGCACACAGUCAAACUAGACAGCUAAGGGAAGUAAAAAAAACUAUGUGAUACAGAGAUACGUGCAGCUAGAGACAUCCUGUAUGAGCUAGGUUUCAGCAUUCAUGGCUAAGUCUUCUUUACGUCUUAUGUAAUCCAGUAGAGAAUGUAGGAAUUAGUAUGUAUUUCUUGCAAUCUUGUACUGCAUGAAUCAUCUAUUUUGGAAUCAGACAAGUUAUUUUUUACCAACUGAGAUGCCUAUAUUUGUUACUUUGCCUUGGAAAUUGAUGAUAAGAUGAAAUCAGUCAAUGAAAUACCUUGUUGAACUGACGUGUAUGACUUCAGAUUUGAGUCCAGUGCUUUUGUUACAUUUAUUGAGAUUGCAUUAAGCGAGACUACAGGCAGUUAUGCUAAGUCAUGCAAUGUCAUGCAAUGCUGGCAGUUACACUGAAGAUGUUAUUUAUGAAAAGAGCUCAUGUAGGCCUUUAACCAAUUUUGAUCAGAAACAAGUAGAUCAAUUGGUUUGGACGUGGAAGAGGGCCGGGUCUGUUGAAAUGCGUCUCCAUCACUACCAUGGCCAGGAGGAUCAAUGACAAUGACUGAUGCUUAAUUCUGACUCAAGCUGAACUCGGAUAUUCUUGGCUUAUGAUCUUGAUCUUGAUCUUAAGAAUUGUUUUGUGACUAUACAUAUACCGCCACCGCUUACAAUAUGGGAGGUAAGAUGUCAUGCUGUUGUUGUGUAUACUGUCGAAGAACAACCAAGGGCAAGGUUACAUAUGCUUACUCUACAACAGAUGUCACAGACUCAGAAGGGACAGCCCUACUCAAUCAGAAUCGAUCUUACACAUACAGCAAAGUCCAUAAGAACUCAACUCAGAGUCAAAUGUACAAUACUAGAACAAGAAAGCUUGAUCCUCGAGGAAACAAACUUCAAGUCAGGAGUUAUUCUACCAGUAUGAAUCCAGCUAUACGUAGGCUAUCUCAGAAUAUUUAUUCCUCGACAGAAAGUGAUUUCUCUGGCAAAUCUGAUGUUGAAAUGCCACGAGGAAAGCGUUCAAAAUAUCACACAAGAAGAGAAGCCAAACUUUUUUCGGAAAGAAAUUUAGGGAGAGGUGUGAGAACAGACGAUGUAGAGCAGGGUGAUAUAUCACUGGAUCAGGAAGGUCAUGAUUAUCCAGUAGAAUCUGAGUUUGUAGAUGACUUACCUCUCGUUGGAUCAGAUGAUGAUGAUGAUCUCGUAGUGGAGCAGCUGCCACCGUCCGAUGCUGGGCCUUCUAUUGGUGACCUGGAGCUAGCCUUUCAAUACAAUGGUGAGGCUAGACGUAUGAAUGUAACCAUCAUCAAGUGCCAUAACCUGCCUACCAAGGAUGAAGGUGGAGCUUCCAGCUUUAGACUGCGUCUACUGCUGCUUCCAAGCAAACGUCAGAGGGCUAAGACCCACAUUAGAGAGUCCAAAGAGCCGCUCUUCAAGGAGCUCUUCAGGUUCUCUCGUAUCUUCCCUCAUGAGGUAGUAAGCACUGCUCUGAGAUGCAGACUGUAUGGAUGUGAGAGGAUGAGGAAAGAGAAGCUCAUUGGAGAGAGUAUUAUCAAGUUCUCAUCGCUCAACAUCGCUAACAAACAAAUCAUCAAAGUCAGAAUCGACCCUCGCAGUGAUGUUAGUAAGAAUGGCUCCUCUCCAUACUCCAGUACAUCAGACCUAUCUGAUUCGAACAGUUCAUCCUCCUUGCAGUCAAUGAGUCAGGGCAGUGUGCCUGAGAUCUUGAUUGGUCUAGCUUACAAUGCUACCACCGGUAGACUGGAUGUAGAGGUCAUCAAGGGAAGUCACUUCAAGCAGAGAGCUGCUGGCAGAGCACCAGAUUCCUACGCAAAGGUUGCUCUGAUGUCAUCUAGUGGCUUUGAGAUCUCCAAGAGCAAGACAUCCGUCAGGAGAGGGCAGUCUAGCCCAACAUUCAAGGAGACUUUCUUCUUCCAGGUUGCCCAGUUCCAACUUCCUGAGAUGACCCUGCUCUUCACUGUGUUCAACAAGAAAGGAAUGAAGCGUAAGGAAACCAUUGGUUGGUUCUCAAUGGGUCUUAGUAACAGUAGUGAAGAAGAGAUCGGCCAUUGGAAUGAGAUGAGAGAAUCUAAGGGUCAUCAGGUCUGCCGAUGGCAUGCACUACUGGAAUCAUAAAGCAUGGGACCAACGAUGUCACGGAACUCCUUCCUCUCAGCAAAUAAUCUUUUUAUCUUCUUCCGAUCUUGUAACUGAUUAAUACCUUUACAUGUUUGCUGAUGAGAUGAUCAAGUAUACCCCCAUUAUCUAGUCUAUACUAUUAAGAUUGAUUGGUGUGUAGUACUAAUUUCUCUAUGCUGGGAAUGCUACCUUUUAAUAUUAACAUUAUCUAGAAUUUUAAAGAUAAUUUUGCUUUAUUGACGUAUGCAUUGUUCGUAUCCUAUUUUAUUUUAUUUUCUAUUUUAUAUUAUUUUAUUUUCUGGCGGAUACCGGCGCUAUAUAAAUAUCCAUAUUAUUAUUAUUAUUAUUGAAAUGACUGUACGAUGCUAAGUUCAUACAGUUACAAUGUUGUUAUUUGUUCAUAUUGAUUUGAAAUACAGCUUUGAUUCGAACACAUACAAUGAAUGCAUUAACUAUCGUAUUGGUGUCACACACAUAAUGUGACAAAACACAAGGCAUUUUCAAUCACAUGUUGCUCUACCCAGAUUUAAUGGUCAAGUUAUAUCACUGUUUAGAGCAUGAAUCAAGUGUUCUAAAUAUCUAUUUUGGGACUGUUUUUAUUAAACACUCCUCUUAUUUUGAUCUCUUGUGAUUACAUAAUUUUCUCCUAUAAUACAAUAAAGAUCUAGUACUGGUACUAUCAUACAUUUCUUCUCACUCAUUUUGUUGCUGAGAUAUAAACUUGAGCAAACAGUCUGAGAGACCAUUAAAAGUAACGGGUUGGAGAGAAAGUAAUGGUAAGAACAAGUGAUGUUUUUGUACUUGAUUUGAUUGAUAUGUAUGUAAAACAGGUCAUCACAAUUUAUAAGAUUGAUUAAUGUCUUUUUGAAAAGAAAUGACUCAAUUUUAUUUAUGAAGUUGUUAUCUGUGAAUGAAGCCAGGUUAUGUUAGAACGUUGGAGUGUAUUCAUGCUGUACGCCUACCAGCAGCUCUCCAUGCUGUUGACAUUUGAUACUUGAUUAUGAUAUGGAAAGGAGGUCAAAUGGACAAGACAAUUUUAUAAUUGAACUUAACGUCUUGAUUACUGAAUUUUCUAACUUCCAUAGGCUUAAUACAUGGACCGCUCAGCACCAGUAGGCAAAGGGUUUGAAAGUAGGACAUACACAUUUAGGAUGUAGUCUUGGAUUAUGAUGUAGCUGGGAAGUAAAUGGAAAUAAGAAUAUAAUUAUACCAUCAGUUUUAUGAUUGAUAUACCAGCAUGUUACACAAUCAGUAUGAUGAGCUCAGAAAUUAUGAAGCAACAUAAACUUGAAAGAAGAUCAUGGAAUGGCAUAUUACAGAGUGGCUAAAACAUUGGUAUUGGUUAUUCAGUCCAGUCUGUCAUAUAGAAUGUCUACCUUUAUUCUGACAUGUUUCCAGUGAUACUAUAUUUGUAAUAAAAUGAACUUUGCUAGUCUUGAAUAGAAACUAGCCUAUUUUUAAGUGUGUAGUGAGUACUAGACUAGAGUCUGAACACACACUCAUGCUUGUGUGCAUAAGUUAUUAUUUAACUGAAAGCUGAAGGUGUGCCUUAUAAAGCCAUCUAGAUUAUUAAAGUUGACACAUUUUAUUUGCAAACAUUAAGCCCCCAUUAUCACCUACCACAGAAAUGUAUUCAAACAUGCAUGUUCUCAUAUAUUGACUUGUUUUUAUUUACCUGUAUUCCCUGUCUUUUGAAUGCAAGUAUCACUUUCAGCCAGGGUUUAGCCUGCUUUAUUUUGGAAGUAUUUUUUUAACUUGCUAGUAUAUUAAACAAAUUAAAGCUUUGGUAGAAGGUAGUAAUUAUAGCUUUUAAUUCACUUUAAAUUCACUUUAAAUUCACUUACAAGUGUAUUAUGUUUGGACCCUGUCAUGAUCUUCUAACAAUGAAUUAUCUGUAAUCUGUGUUUUGUGCAAAAUGUGUUUAUAAAGAAAGUUUAAGCUGUAAAUCAUUAAAUAAUUUGGUGUAAUACAUGUAUCGUUAGGGGUGUAUGAGACUUUAAGAAUUGGCAAUAUAUGCAGUACCAAGAAGAGCUUCCAAUCUAGCAAUGUUUGAAUUCAUCUUCCAAUGACUGUCUUCCACUCACUGAAACUUUACUGAUCUACCUACACAUACUUUUUAUCUUCUUUUCUACAAAUGAUACUUCUUUUUUGUACUAAUAAUAUCAAGUUGUUUAGUAUAAUGCAUUUACUUUAAUGCAUGCAUCUUUAUAGGUCUAUGCCUGAAUCUUGUUUCAACAUGAUUAAAAUUUGUCAUAUGUUAUAGGGGGACCUUGUAAGAUAACCAUGGUUUUGUGAGCAUGUACUUAGUAGGGAAUACGAUGCCUGCAUAUAGAUUGCCUCGGUAAGACUGGUCUUUUCUUCAAGUUGCUUCUUGAUAAUUUAAUUUGUUUGUAAUUUGUUCGUUCUGAAAAUGGGAUUACUAAUUAUCGUCAUAAAAAGCCUUUUGUAGUCAAAUGUAUUACCCUUUCAAAAACAACAUUAC